AUGGCAGAGUGUGAGAACCUCUUGACGGGAUAUGAGCCUCUUGCAAAACAGAUGGUAAGCAUCUUUGUUAAGGUUGAAUAUGAAACCCUUUAUGUGGAUAAAAGUAAAGAGCACAAUGGUUUUAUGAUGACAGUUGUUGAUGCAAGUUCGUUUGUAAGAGCUGAAGAAGGUAAUGUUGCAAUCGUGUUGGUUUAUGUAGAUGAUCUGAUAGUCAUAGGUGAUUGGUACGAAUUUUUUCAAUUAAGAUAUGAUGCUAGAGGUAGACGCGGGUUUACAACGUUGCAGAAAUGUGUUGCGGCCAUUCGUUUGAUGGCUAUGGGGGAGUCACCCGACACCAUGGACGACUAUAUGAGAAUGUCCGAAAGAACCGCAAGAGAGAGUUUGUAUACAUUAUCAAGGGGUGUUGUUGAAACUUUUGGUGACGUUUAUUUGCGGAAACCUUCGUUGCAUGAUUUGCAAGAAUUGUAUGCGGCGCAUGAAGAACGCCAUGGGUUUCCCGGAAUGAUCGGAAGCAUUGAUUGCACACACUGGAAAUGCAAAAAUUAUCUGGUAGCAUGGAAAGGGCAAUACGCAAGUGGUCAUCACGGAUCACCUUCUUUGGUGUUAGAGGCUGUCGCUUCUCAAGAUUUAUGGAUUUGGCAUGCGUUUUUUGGGGUUGCGGGUUCCAACAACGACGUCAACGUUCUUGAUCAGUCGCCAAUAUUCGACGAUCUUUUGAAUGGAAAAGCCCCGGAUGCUCCUUUCAAGGUGAAUGGAAACGAAUACAAAUAUGGGUAUUACCUUACAGAUGGAAUAUAUCCUCAGUAUUCCACAUUCGUGAAGGCAUUCCGCCACCCGGUUGAAGAACGAGACAAAUUUUUUAAGAGAAGACAAGAAGGAGCACGUAAGGAUGUGGAACGUGCUUUUGGGGUGCUGAAGGCGAAGUGGCAUAUAGUCGAACAUGCAGCACGACCAUUGGAUUUAGAAACUUUACGAUAUAUCAUGUAUGCGUGUAUCAUAAUGCAUAACAUGGUAGUAGAAGAUAAAGGGCGAAAUAUUGCACACUAUAUCCCAACGGAGCCCAGACACGUUCAGUUUCAACCAGGAACAGCAGAUUAUUUGCAUCGCGUUGUUGACAUUCAGGACGCAAAUAAACACAGACAACUUCGAGAGGAUUUGGCAAAUCAUAUCUUCUAUGGUAACAAUAACGAUAACGAAUAG